GGAAGGCCGUCGGAAUAGAUGAACGGUGGUUGUUGGCUUCCUUGCAGGCCCAAUGCUGCUGUGUUAUGGUGGGACCAGGAGCUGGAGACCACCUGGGAUGAGAUGUGGCUCCCAAAGGUGAAGAGAGCCCCAAGUGGCUUCAGGUUAAGAAUAGGAGCCCCCAAUGAGUCCACACCUAUCAGCACAGGGACUCUGAGAGAGCUAUGGCUAGAGAGACGUCCUCCAAUACUGACUGACCUGGAUGUCCCUGGCCCAGCCCAGUAUGAGGUGCCUAAUGUGUCUCUGCGAGAGUCCUCUCCACACCCUCAAUACACCAUCGGUCGCAAGUACCCGGGUCGAGAGGGUGGUGGCCGCAGGGCAUGGCAGACCAUGUGGCUCCAAAGUGAAAGCCCCUUCACGCAGAAGACGGACUUCAACCGAGAGACAAAGUGGCCAUCGCCUGCCGAGUACACGCCGCUGAACCAGCCUGCCUUCCCGGCCUUCAGCUUUGGAGGACGCCGUCGCUCUGCUGUCAAAAUGCCCGAGAGUCAUUUCCGCCCAGGGAUGCUCCGAGCCCGAGGUCCUUGUAGCUAUACCCCACUCAUGCCUACCUCAAAGCCCUCUGGCGAGAAGCGACCCAGCCCCAACACCUAUAACGUCCUUCCUGGGUACCGACUGCAGAGCACACGCUCUCCUGCCUUCUCCAUGAGCCGCUCUCCUGCGUUUGCAUCCUGGGUCAGCUCCUCCCGAACCCCAGGUCCAGCUGCCUACUACGUGGAAGACUGCUACAACUCACGCUUCCCAUCUCCGCCUGGAGUAGUUAUCCAAGGAGUGCGCAGACCCAAGCGCCACGACACAGGCCCCUUCUGCACACUAUAGGCCCAUCCAGCGGGUAUAGACUGCAACGCUGACCUCUCUUGAGGCUUUCCUAGGCUUCCUUUGGAACCCUUUGUCUGUAGUCUGGCCUUCUGAUCCUCUAGACACCCCUCACCCACUCUUCUGGCUUAGGCUGUGCAACAAGAAGAGUCUUCCCAGAGUUCUCCUUCCCCCCACUAUACUGAGAUGCAAAUGAUUCUUCUGAGCUGUGGUCUCUGGUGUGCCUGGUUGCCCAUCCUUUGCCCAGUGGGCUGCCUUGAAUAUGUGGUUUCCUGCUUCCCUGGUAUUUCUGGCUUUCUCUGUUCCUGCAUGGUGUUCUUUUCUUCAGUAUUGAAAUGGCAGCCUGGAAACUAACCCUAAGCUUUCUGACCUCUAGGAUAGAAUAGGAAAAGGACAAUGUGGGCCAACCUGGUCCAGCAUCUACCUGAGGACCAAGGCUGCUUGGUGGGCUGAGGAACUAUUGGGAUGGCAUGGGGGCCAGAACCUGGGCAUCUGCUAUCUUCAGACCACGGAGGUGGGCCCAGGGCAUCGGCUCAUCAGACACUGACCCUGCUGCCCUGAAGAAUCAACUGACUUUGCUAACUCGUAUUCUGAGAAGCCAAGCCCGCCGCCUGUGGCCCUAGCCCCUGCCCAGUGAUGGUUCCCUCAGCACUGUUGACCUGCCUUCCUACUUAGAAGGAGCCCCAUCAGGAGCCUCACCUUGCAAUUAGUGAGAGCAGUUUCUCCAGGGUCCUCUCCAUACUUUCUUUCUCACCCAGACACAGA